AUGGGGAAAGCCACGACGACAUCGGGCCCGGGCGCUGAGGCCGCUGACGAAACCCGAUGCUCGGCCCCGCCCGAAGUGAGGGGAAGCCCAGAGCCGAAUCCUCCCCGGACGGAUCCUGAGAGUCAUCCCGAGCCGGUCCCAAUCACCCCCGUCCAGAGCCCUGGCGUCAACGCAAUCCACGCUGACGAGUAUCCUGAGGGCGGCAGAGAGGCGCUGGUCGUCUUGUUCGGCACGUGGUGCGUCCUCUUCUGCACCUUCGGCCUCGGCAACAGCAUCGGUGUCUUCCAGACGUACUACGUCAACCACGCGCUCCGCCAGUAUUCCUCGUCCACUAUUUCGUGGAUCACAAGUUUCAUGCAAUGGACCUUGAACUUUAUGCCCAUCGUAUGGGGCUUCGCCUUCGAUAAGUACGGCGCACGCUGGAUCCUCGUCUUCGGCACCGUGACGUACGUCUUUGGCAUGAUGAUGGUGUCCCUGGCAACCGAGUACUACCAGUUCUUCCUCGCGCAGAGCAUCGUCUGUCCCAUCGGCGCCAGCGCCGUGACCAGCGCGAGCAUGUCGUGUCUCGUGACCUGGUUUCAUCGCAGGCGCGCAACUGCCUUCGGCAUCAUGAUGUCUGGCUCCUCGUUUGGCGGCAUCAUCCUGCCCAUCAUGAUCCCGAGGCUGAUCGACUCCGUCGGGUUCCCCUGGGCGAUGCGCGCCGUCGGAUUCAUGUUCCUCGGGCUUCUCACCGUCGCCUGCUUUACUGUCAAGUCUCGACUCCCGCCUCAGAAGAAGCCGGUGGACUUUGGAGAAUAUUUCCGGGGCAUCCGGGAACCGACAAUGAUGUCGACUGUGUUCGGACUGUUCUUGGUCUUCUGGGGGCUAUUCCUUCCGUAUAAUUUUGUCAUCCUGCAGGCCAAAGCACAAAGCAUGGAUGACAAUCUUGUCAUCUACCUGUUACCGAUCAUGCAUGCCGUUGGUAUCAUCGGGCGUGUCGUACCUGGCCUCUUCGCAGACAAGAUAGGCCGGUACAAUAUCAUGAUCAUCAUCGCCACAUUGACAGGAAUCGCCUGCCUGGCCCUCUGGAUACCGAUCCAAAACAACGCCGGCAUUCUCGUCUUCACAGCGGCCUUCGGCUUCCUUUCCUCGGGCCUGACGUCCAUCGGGCCUACCUUGAUCGCCCAGAUAUCCGACAUUAGGGAGAUCGGCGCGCGGACCGGCACCGCGUUCGCGUUCCAGUCAUUCGGCGCGCUCACAGGCAGCCCAAUUGCGAGCGCCAUCGUCGACGCGCGUGGGGGAGAAUACCUGGGCCUGCAGCUGUUUUGUGGGUUCUCGAUCCUGGCGUCGGCGGGCGUUUUCGCGUCGGCGCGGCAUGUGCAGGCGGGAGGCUUCAAGUUGAAAAAGGUUUGA